CGGAGGUCUGACAAUGGCCAAGGACAAACUAAGAGGGCAGAAGUCCAGGAAUGUAUUCCACAUAGCCGGCCAAAAAGGCUUUAAGGUUAAAAAUAAAGCAAAACCAGUUACCACUAAUCUUAAGAUAAACAUUCUGAUUCCUCAGCAGUGUCAUGAAAACGAACCAGUUAAUGUUGAUGAAGCUACAAGAUGA